UCUUUAGUCAUUAGAGUCUCUAAUACACAUCUGCUCCCUGCCUGGCCAAACAGAGCUCUAAUCUUUCUGAACUAUGCAUCGCAUUCACAGUCGUUUCCAUCUCCGCCUAUAGCCUAUCCUGUUUUUUUUCUUCUCUCUGCUACUGGACAGGCUCUGAGACUGGUUUCUUCUUCUCUCUGCUACUGGACAGACUCUGAGACUGGUUUCUUCUUCUCUCUGCCACUGGACAGACUCUGAUACUGGAUUCUUCUUCUCUCUGCUACUGGACAGACUCUGAGACUGGAUUCUUCUUCUCUCUGCUACUGGACAGACUCUGAGACUGGUUUAUUCUUCUCUCUGCUACUGGACAGACUCUGAGACUGGUUUAUUCUUCUCUCUGCUACUGGACAGACUCUGAGACUGGAUUCUUCUUCUCUCUGCUACUGGACAGUCUCUGAGACUGGGCUUUCCUUUUUCACGCAUUGAGGGACUGAUGUGAGAACAGCGCCUGAUUAAUCCAGGACCAGGGAACACUACAGUUACUGUUACGCUGUACUGUACCUCUGGAACAAAACAGGUGGGGGGAGGAACCCAGAAGAACGUGCUCAUCGCUGUGGAUGGUUCCAGAACCUCGUUAAAACCCAGAGAAGGAUGUGACUUGGCAGCCUGUCAGAGGGAGUUGUUCUCAUCGAAAGGUUUACUUUUGGACUGUGUGUGUGAGUGUGUGUGGGUGUGUGUGUUUGUGAGUGUUUGUGCCACAUAGAGUCUUCUGUUGUACAUGUGUGUAUACAGGCUGACCUACCCCAGCUGUGGAACCUCUGUGUGAGCGUAAGCCUGCAUUUUGGCUAACCUUCUUAGACAAUUAAAAAGAGAGAGAGAGAGUGUGAGUGCUUGCAUGUGUGUGUGUGAGUAUGUGAGUGUUGAGUGGUUUCUGAGACGUGCUCUGAAAGAAAGAGCGGAAAAUGCCGGCCAUUCUGGUCGCCUCUAAGAUGAAGUCGGGACUGCCCAAACCGGUGCACAGCGCCCUGCCCAUUCCUCAGCUACAAAACAAUGCCAGGUCCAGGACCUCCAUAACUCACAGGGCCAGCCACCUCAGACACAGCCCCCUAAAAGCCCCUCACCAGCAGGGAGAACGCCGAGGAGAGGAAACGACCACCCCCACUAAAAGGCUCUCAACCACAGGGAGUGACGACCAAGAGGACCCUCAGAUUUACACGGACUGGGCCAACCAUUACCUGGUGAAGUCGGGCCGCCAGCGACUGAUCAAGGACUUGCAGCAGGACGUGACAGACGGAGUGCUACUGGCUGAGAUCAUACAGGUUGUGGGUAAGGACUUGCAGCAGGACGUGACAGACGGAGUGCUACUGGCUGAGAUCAUACAGGUUGUGGGUAAGGACUUGCAGCAGGACGUGACAGACGGAGUGCUACUGGCUGAGAUCAUACAGGUUGUGGGUAAGGACUUGCAGCAGGACGUGACAGACGGAGUGCUACUGGCUGAGAUCAUACAGGUUGUGGCGAAUGAGAAGAUAGAAGACAUCAAUGGCUACCCUAAGAGCCGGACUCAGAUGAUUGAGAACAUUGAUACCUGCCUUGGAUUCCUGGCAGCCAGAGGGGUGAACAUCCAGGGGCUCUGUGCAGAGGAGAUUCGUAAUGGGAACCUGAAGACCAUUCUGGGUCUGUUCUUCAGCUUGUCCCGCUACAAGCAACAGCAGCCGCAGCAGAAGGUGUUGAAACAGCAGGCCUCUCAUCAGCCAAAGCACAGCUCCCAGCCUGGACAUACUCCCCAUAGAUCACCAGCCCCCUCUCACACCCACAAUACCCACAGUUCCACUGCAUCAGAACACAAAGCAGCAUCAGAUAUGCUGUCCAGUCUAUCAACCAAGGCUUCAACCACUCAGAGUAAAGGGCUAAAGCUCUCUGUGGCUCAGAGAAAGUCUUCUAGACUGCCAGGCCCCACCACGCGAGUCUUAGCCCCAGGCAGCGAGGGGAAGCUUCGCGGGGCCUCCAACAGCAACCGCCGCAGCCAGAGCUUCAACCACCAUGACAUGCCCAAGUCCUCCAGCAGUGACAGAGAGAGAAGCACCACGGCCUCUCCCAUCAUGACUGAGCACGGUCUGUCUCCAGGGCCCAUCAAUGGCUGCUCUUCCUCCUCCAACCCCCAGCCCAAUGCAGGCAACAGCAGCAAGCCCUGGAGGAGUAAGCCCCUGAACACCAAGCACAGCGCCACCUCCUCCAUGCUGUCUGUCAAACAGGACCCUCCCACCAGGCAGCCCGCGGCCACACCCCUAGAGGUCCUCCCUAAAGUCAUCGCCCAGAAGUCCAUGCUGGAGAAAUUCAAGCUUUUCAACAGCAAAGGAGGCUCCAAGGCAACUGGAGUCCUGACUGAAAGGCCGACAGGGCAGGAGACGGAGUCGAUGGAGUCGCGUCCCACCAGCAGUGACCACCUAGAGGAGGCAGAGGGGAACUCCCGGCCCCCCAGUGUCAUGGCAACCAGCCCCAAGCUUGCCCUGAAGGGCAUUGCCCAGCGCACCUUCGGCAGGGCCCUCACCCCCCAGAAGAGCUCUCUGAAGACUGGGGAGAAGGAGAAGGACAAGGCCAGGCCCAAGGAGAGGGACAAGGCCUGGGAGGGAGGCUCCAAGCGGGGGUUCAUCACAGAGCAGGAGGAGCCCAGGGAUGACACCAGGCAGGAGGGAGUAGGUUCAGACUCAGCAGAGCCCAAGAGGAACACUAAGAGUACCAGCCUCAUCCCAAAAGGAGGCAAGGCUGGCAGUGGCAAAAAGGAGGUUUCAGCCCCAGCAGCACACAGCGGAAUACAAAAGCCAGGGUUCAAGGCAGGGAAGACCUCGGGGGUGCCCUCUUCUGGUCGAGAUGGAGACAGGCCCAGCAGUUUGAGGGCCGGUGGGGGUGGUGGCCACUCGGUGCACAAGUGCCAGCUGGACAGCAGAAGCUCCAGCUCCUGCUCCAGCCUGGCCUCCUCUGAAGGGAGGUCUCACCAUCAACACCACAAUACCAACGGAGCUCCCCCAGUGGCCACCACAGCCAGCAACACCAUCAGUGUCCAGCUACCUCAUCCUCAGCAGCAAUACAAUCACCCCAACACUGCCACUGUUGCACCAUUCAUGUACAGGUCUCAGCCUGAUGUGACUGGAGCAGACAUGAUGAUGGAGGCAGCGGGGUCACUGGAAGGUCACAGAGAGACUGCAGCCAUCAGCAAGUCAGCAGACAACUCCCAGGAGGACCUCACAGCUGUUUCAGGUGGACUGUCUCUUACAGACCCCCGUCCCCUACUCCUUGGUGAAGACCCUGAGGCCAGGAGGUUGCGGACGGUGAAGGACAUUGCUGAUCUGAGGCAGAACCUGGAGGAGACCAUGUCCAGCCUGAGGGGAACACAGAUUAGCCACAGCACCCUAGAGACCACCUUCGACAUCAGUGUCACCACCGAGAUCAGCGGAAGAGGUAUGCUCAACCUGUCCCCCCGCCCCAACCCAGCGCUGCCCUGGCGACUGUGCCCCUCCAGCCCACGUCUGCAGGCAGGCGACGCCCCCUCUGUGGGAAAUGGGUACGCAGUGGUGAUGCGGGGCAGCUCCAGUGGCAUGGUGAGCCCAGAGGAUGGGCGCUACCUCCGCAGCAGGCAGACACCAGGACAGGAGAGUAACACUGUGUGUGACCUGUCAGACAAGAUGGAAGAGCUGGAGGGCGUUGCCAUAGAGACCACAGGGUACAUGAGCGAUGGGGACGUGCUAGGGAAGAACAUCCACAUGGACAAAGUCACCAGUGGCUACAUGACGGACGGUGGGGUGGGCAUGUACACACGCCGCCUCAACCGCCUGCCGGAUGGCAUGGCUGUGGUCCGAGAGACACUCCAUCAUAACAGUUCCAAGGGCCAAAGGGACGCCACCGACAGUUGGGACGACAGCAGCUCGGUGAGCAGUGGGGUCAGUGACACUAUCGACACAGAUGACAUCAACACCAGUUCCUCAGUCAGCUCCUACAUCAACACCAGUUCCUCAGUCAGCUCCUACAUCAACACCAGUUCCUCAGUCAGCUCCUACAUCAACACCAGUUCCUCAGUCAGCUCCUACAUCAACACCAGUUCCUCAGUCAGCUCCUACAUCAACACCAGUUCCUCAGUCAGCUCCUACGUCAACACUCCAUCCGUCUCCUGCAAGGACAUAGAGGGACAGCUCCAGACAGACGCAGAGAAGCACCUGGCCAUCGAGCAGAACUCUGUGUGGUCCGGCAGCGACGAAGUUAAGAGGUCAGACGGUGUCUCGGACAACUGGGUCAAAAUGGAGUCGGGCUCCAAGUAUUGCCGCCACCCCUCAGACAUGUCGGACGAGUCGGACAGGAGCUCCUCAGGCCGCAAUACGCCCUCCGUGGCCCACACAGGUUCCUGGAGGCGGGGAAUGAGCGCCCAGAUGGGCGUAACCUCCCCCAGGACCAAGGCCCCCAUCACGCCAAGCUGUGCAACUCUGAAGACCCAUGUUACAGGUAAAACGGACGACGCCAAGGUGUCUGAGAAAGGCCAACAUUAUCUCUCUCCCCGGGCCAAGUGUAGCAUGCAGCGCUCCCCAUCAGACACAGGCCGCAGCAGUGGAGACGAGGCCAAGAAGCCCCCCUCCUCCUCCAGCUCCAGCCGCACCCCCACCACCAACACCUUUGGAUUUAAGAAGCAUGCAGGAGGAGGUAUGACCAUGGUGACAGCCAGCGGAGUGACCAUCACCAGUGGCUCAGCCACCCUGGGAAAGAUCCCCAAGUCAGUGCAGCUCCACGGGGGUCGGGUUCUUGGUCGCCAGGCCAGUGUGGAUGAUGGCUACCUAUCUGUGAGCUCACACUCCACCCUGCAGUACCGCAGCCUCCCCCGGCCCAGCAGAGCCUCCGGUGGGGGACGCAGCACAAGCCGCUCGUCCAGUACCAGCAUCGACUCCAAUCUCAGCAGCAAGUCCAACACGCUCCAUGGCCCCAAAAGUCGCAGCCAAGUCCCCAAACCCAGCGCUGGUGGCACCCCCCUUCCUGGCUCUGGAUCCAACCAGACAGACCGGGAGAAGGGGGUGUCCUCUGAAGCCAGUCCCACAGCCCUGGGAGUCAGGCAACCAGGGGGAAAGUACCCAGAUGUCUCCUCCCCUACCAUGCGCAGACUGUUCGGAGGCAAGCAGGGCAAGCAGCAUGCCCCAGUCACCACCGCAGAGAACAUGAACAACUCCACUGUCAUCUCCAACCUCCACGCCAACUCUGGCCAGCAGGGCGGCGCUCUGGACUCCCCCUCAGCCAGUAGCGGGGGCAGUAGCCCUCUUUAUGGGGGUGGAGGUCGUUUGGGUGUGGAGGCACACUCCCUCUCCCCCCUGGCCUCCAGUCCCAGUUCGACCCUGUCCACCCCCUCCCACAGCCUGGCCUGGAACAGCACCCUGAGCAGGGACACUCUAAGCCCCGGCUACCCCUCCCUCAGCAGCCUUGCCACCAGCAGUGAGUCCAUCGACCUGUCUCUGGGCAGCGGAGGCCACGGACACCACGGCCCUGGUCACGACACACUGCCAGCCUGCGUCAGGAACAACGGCAUCAAAACUGGCUUCUCAGACAGCCCUCUCUCCUCUCCCUUGGGUAGUCCCAGCCGAAACACUUUACCCCGGAAACAGGACAGGUACGGCCACCUGCCCCAGCUACGUAGUCAUGACGACCACCGAGAUUGGCUGCGUUCCCACUCUGCAGGAGGUCUUCAGGAGUCUGCCGCCAACUCACCCUUCUACCCCACCUCCAGCCUCACCUCGCCCUCCGGAGCCCGCUUCAACUUCUCCCAGCUUGCAGGCAGCCCUACCACGGUGGCACAGAUCAACCUGGCAAACCUCCGCAGCGGCCUGGCCAAUCAGGAUGGUUUGUGUGACCCACACAGUGACCCCCGUCUGAGGAACUCGUCCAUGUCUCUAGAGGAGAAGAGUCGCACCAUGACCAGCUCUGGGUCCUUCAGAGAAGGCCUGGAGGAGGUCCACGCCUCCUCUGUGUCUCUGGUGUCCAGCACUUCGUCUGUCUACUCCACGCCUGAGGAGAAAGCUCAGUCAGAGAUUCGUAAGCUGCGGAGAGAACUGGACGCCUCCCAAGAGAAGGUGUCUGCUCUGACCACUCAAAUGAGUGCUAAUGCUCAUCUGGUAGCAGCAUUUGAGCAGAGCUUGGGGAACAUGACCAUCCGACUCCAGGGACUUACCACCACGGCUGAGCAGAAGGACUCUGAGCUAAACGAGCUGAGGAAGACCAUAGAACACCUGAAGAAGCAGAAUACCGCAGCCCAGGCAGCCAUCAACGGUGACAUCAAUCUCCCAGAGACCUCCUGCAACGGUGAUGGGUCAGCUUCAGCCAAUGAGAGCUCCCAGUCUCACCUGGACCUGCGUAUCCACAGACAGCACUCAUCUGACAGUGUGUCCAGCAUCACAAGCGCCACCAGCCACUCCAGUGUGGGCAGCAACCAGGAGCUGGACUCCAAGAAGAAGAAGAACUGGGUUUAUGAGCUGCGGAGCUCCUUCAAGCAAGCAUUUGGGAAGAAGAAGUCGCCCAAGUCUGCGUCCUCCCACUCAGACAUUGAGGAGAUGACCGACUGUUCCCUGCCCUCCUCCCCCAAGCUAGCUGCAUAUAACUGCUCCACCCCCUCUACACCCAUGCUCCAGAACUCCCACUCCAACUCUUUGAUCUCAGAGUACACAGACAGCGAGGCGGAGAAGGUGAUGGGGCUCCGCAGUGAGCUCCGAGACAAGGAGAUGAAGCUAACUGACAUACGCCUGGAGGCCCUCAGCUCCGCCCACCAGCUGGACCAGCUCAGGGAGUCCAUGAACCGCAUGCAGGGCGAGAUAGAGAGGCUGAAGACCGAGAACGACUGUCUGAAGAUGGAGAGUCAGGGCAGCUGCAGCAGAGCAGCCUCACAGGCCUUAGUGGCCUCACCCUCAGCGGGCCAGUCAAAGCACGGCCUCGCCCUAACAGAGUCCACCAGCCUCGACAUGCUGUUGGAGGACAGCGGGGACGGUAGCUCACGGAAAGAAGGACAACACGUCAAGGUGGUCGUAACUCUGGAUGAGGACACCAAGUGGAAAGAGGACCGUAGACCUCGUCAUUUCCUGAUUGGUUGCAUUGGUGUCAGUGGGAAAACUAAGUGGGAUGUGCUUGAUGGGGUGGUCAGACGUCUCUUCAAGGAGUACAUCAUCCAUGUGGACCCAGUCAGCCAGCUGGGUCUAAACUCAGACUGUGUCCUGGGCUAUAGCAUCGGGGACAUCCAUCGCACCAGUGGGGCUGACACCCCUGAACUCCUGCCCUGUGGAUACCUUGUUGGAGAUAGUGACACCAUCUCUGUCUCCCUCAAAGGUGUGUGUGAGCACAGCCAGGACAGCCUGGUAUUCGAGACACUGAUUCCCAAGCCCCUGCUGCAGCGUUACGUGUCCCAGCUGCAUGACCACGGCAGGAUCAUCCUGUCUGGCCCCAGCGGCACUGGAAAGAGCUUCCUGGCCAGCCGGUUGGCCGAACACAUGGUGCUGAGGGAGAGGAGAGAGGUCAUCGAUGGGACCAUUGCCACGUUCAACGUCGACCACAAGUCAAGCAAGGAGCUGUGUCAGUACCUGUCUAACCUGGCUGACAAGUGUAAUAGUAUGAGUCAUGGGGUGAACAUGCCCCUGGUGGUCAUACUGGACAACCUGCACCGCAGCAGCUCCCUGGGAGAGGUCUUCAAUGGUCUGCUCAGCUGCAAGCACCACCGCUGUCCUUAUAUCAUUGGAACAAUGAAUCAGGCUACAUCGACCACUCCCAACCUCCAGCUUCAUCAUAACUUCAAGUGGGUGCUGUGUGCCAACCAUACUGAGCCAGUGAAGGGCUUCCUGGGUCGGUUCCUGAGGAGGAGGCUGAUGGAGACAGAGAUUAGCAGCCGACAGCGCAAUGCUGAGCUGGUGAAGAUCAUCGAGUGGAUCCCUACUGUCUGGCAUCACCUCAACCGGUUCCUGGAGUCCCACAGCUCCUCGGACGUCACCAUCGGGCCCCGCCUCUUCCUGUCCUGCCCCAUGGAUGUGGAGGGAUCCAGAGUGUGGUUCACAGAUCUGUGGAACUAUUCCAUCAUUCCCUACAUGCUGGAGGCUGUCCGAGAGGGGCUGCAGCUGUAUGGGAGGAGAGCUACAUGGGAGGAUCCAGCACAGUGGGUGGUGGAGAGCUAUCCCUGGGCAGCCAGCCCCCUGCAGCACCAAUGGACCCAGCUGCUGAAGCUCCGGCCAGUGGACGUGGGAUUCGAUGGAUUCUCCAUCUCCAAAGACGGCUGUCCCAGCAAGCAGCUUCCCCAGGGAGACACUAACGGAGACCCCCUGAUGAACAUGCUGAUGAAGCUAAAGGAAGCGGCCCACUGCUCCGCCAGCACUCAGAGCUACGACAGUGACUCCAACAGCAACCAGGAUCACCAUGACAACACCGUGCUGGACUUAUCACUGGAGUGCACACUAUGAGUCUCACUAGGGCAGAUAAUACCCACUGUGGCUGGGACACAUCCUAACUUGAGAUACGUUUGUGUUGAUCACCCAUUGACAUCAAUGGGAGACUGAUAGAUAUGAGGUUAUGUAUUUGAAGAUAUAUUUGAAGUUAGAAUUUGGACUUCUGUCAUUUCAUAUCUUUAGGCAGACAUACUGCAUAAUAGCUGGAACUCAAUACUUUCCAAAAAGGGUUCUUCAAAGGGUCCUCCUAUGGGGACAGCCGAAGAACCCUUUUAGGUUCUAGAUAGCACCUUUUAUUCUAAGAGUGUAGGCCUUACAGGGCUAUUAAAUUCCGGUCCUGAAGGGAUGAAAUACUUCUGUUUUUUCAUCCUCUCCUUCUAAUUCAGAUCUGGAAACCACUUGAAUACAAUUAACUACCAGAUAGAAACAAAAAAACGUAAAUGUUUCUCCUCUCCAGGGCUCAAAUUGAAUAGCCUUGGGCCAUACUGGGUGCUGGUAACCCAAGAUAAAAAUCCCAGUCAAAGUUUAGUAACCUGAAUAAUUUCAACUCAGUACUCUACUAUUUUCAAUGUUUAUUAGGAGUCUGUUUACAAUCACAGGCAAAGACAGUCAACCAUAUAAAUAAAUGACAAAUCUUAUGAGACGUCAAACCUGUUGCCUUGACUGUGACCUAACCUAGGCUAUAGCUCAUGAGAUGUCAAACCGGUUGCCUUGACUGUGACCUAACCUAGGCUAUAGCUUAUCAGAUGUCAAACCGGUUGCCUUGACUGUGACCUAACCUAGGCUAUAGCUUAUCAGAUGUCAAACCGGUUGCCUUGACUGUGACCUAACCUAGGCUAUAGCUUAUGUGGUCCAAACUGAGUAGCAAUAACUGGAUAUACAUUCACUCAGCUGCAUAGAGCUUUUUUUAAUGUAUUUUUUAUUUCACCUUUAUUUAACCAGGUAGGCAAGUUGAGAACAAGUUCUCAUUUAAAAUUGCGACCUGGCCAAGAUAAAGUAAAGCAGUUCGACACAUACAACAACACAGAG